CUGGGGUUGAGACGCUGAAACAGAAAAGAUAGUUGAACAGGGUAAGACACAACCUGGUCUACGAGUAGCGCUGAAAAAAUGAAAAUUGAACUAAUCAAGAUUAUUUUUGUGCUAGCUUCUGGCUGGGCGACUUUGGCGAUUUCUGGAAAUGUAAAUGCUGAUCAAGAUAUGUUCUGGGCAGCGCGCGGGAAAAAGGCCUCGCUUGAUGGUAGUUGGCCCGAUAGUGUGCUAGUCGAACCUUUCGUGGCAGCUAUAUUUGAUAAACGAGAUGGAACCUUUUGGGCCGCGAGAGGUAAAAAAUACUCAGCGGACAGUGGCGAAGGUUUGCCUUUUUGGGCGACUAGAGGGAAGAAAGAUGUUUUUAUAGACGACCUCGAAGUACCAUUCUGGGCUGCAAGGGGUAAACGAAGUCCUACAUCCGAUAUGAAAGAAACUGAAGAAGAGGGAAAGAGAAGGGAAAAGCGCUCAUCAGGAAGAGAUACCUCGAUUAUUCACUCUGGCCAACGAUUCCGCAAUCGGCCAGCUCGGCCGGCCUCUCAAGCUGUUGAACCCUUUUGGGCGGCACGUGGAAAGAAAAACUUCAACUUGUCAAAGUAUCCAUUGCUGUAGAAAACUGGCUGGCUUAAACUGUUCUGGGAGGCAGGAAAAUGUAAGCCUAUAUGAAGAUGAUCAAGUACUGUAAUGUUAACGAUCAACCUUGAAAUGCAAGAAAGAAAGAUUUCUUUGUAGAAUAUACCUUCUUCUUUGCAAUUACCAUAAUUUUGGUUCUAAAGCCUCUCAAUAAAAAAUUGGAUUAAUAGCACACCCGUUGGCUAAGAUGUCCCAGCUUCACUAGUCCAAAUAAUGUUGAGUAUCCUAAUCAGAUCAUCCAAACAAUACCUUAACUUUACGAACUAUCUAUUUAAAGGCAGACCCUGUAAUACAUUCGUUAUUCAGACCACUUUACCUCGUUUGUAAUAGAAGACGUAUACCAAUAGCCCUUGAAGAAAAUUGCAGUCUGUAAUUUUGAAAUCUGUUGAAUGAUGAGCUAACGUAUUUGAGCCAUGAAAACACUUAAGAUCUUAAAUACACGUUUACACCUUGAA